UGUCACCGUGCUCAAGGCCAGAGCCACCAGAAUGGUCCCUGGAGGCCCUCAGAGGGUGGGGGUGGUAGGUUAUGGCCGCCUAGGACAAUCCCUUGUGUCCCGCCUUCUGGCUCAGGGAACAGAACUGGGCCUAGAACUUGUUUUUGUAUGGAACCGUGACCCUGGACGAAUGGCAGGGAGCGUGCCCCCUGCCCUGCAGCUCCAAGACCUUACUGCUCUUGAGGAAAGGCACCCUGACCUGGUGGUAGAAGUGGCUCAUCCAAAUAUAAUCCACGAAUCAGGGGUACAGAUCCUGCGCCACGCUAACCUCCUGGUGGGGUCUCCCUCAGCUCUGGCUGACCAGACCACAGAGCAGCGGCUCAUGGAGGCUUCAAACCACUGGGGUCACACUGUGUUUGUGGCCCGAGGAGCCCUGUGGGGGUCUGAAGACAUUAGGAGAUUGGAUGAAGCCGGAGGCCUCCAGAGCCUUCGAGUCACCAUGGCCACACAUCCUGACGGCUUCCGGCUGGAGGGAUCCCUGGCUGCAGCACACAGCAGCGGGCCCCGCACAGUACUCUACGAGGGUCCUGUGCGUGGGCUCUGCCCCUUGGCCCCCCGAAACUCUAACACCAUGGCAGCCGCUGCCCUGGCUGCCCCCAGUCUAGGCUUCGACGGUGUCAUUGGGGUGCUUGUGGCUGACCUUAGCCUCACAGACAUGCACGUGGUGGACGUGGAGCUGAACGGCCCCCCAGGCCCCACAGGCCGCCGUUUCACCGUGCACACCCACAGGGAGAACCCAGCCCAGCCUGGCGCUGUCACCGGCUCUGCUACCGUCACAGCCUUCUGGCACAGCCUGCUGGGCUGCUGCCAGCUCCCCUCCAGACCUGGGAUCCACCUCUGCUGA